AUGGCCAACAGCUGCGCGAGCCUUGACACCACCUGGUCCCACCUCCCCGCUCCCGCCCCGGCUCCCUGGCCAUACGCCGCCUGGUUCUCCCCCGCCGCCGCCGCCUUUGAGAACGACGCGCUCGCCACCGCGCUCGCUCGCGCCUCCGCCUCGCCGUCCUCCCCGACCCCUUCCUCCUCCACGACCACCACCUCCUCCGCGUCCGAGCUGUCCUGCACCCCGUACGACGCGCCCGCGCUGCCCGCCGUAAGCUGCAGGCCAGCCUCGGCGGCGGCGGCGGCGCGGCACUGCACGGGCCGCGUCUCCAAGCGGAAGCCCCGGGUGUCCCGCCGCCCGCAGACCACGUACAUCACCGCCGACCCGGCCAACUUCCGUCGCAUGGUGCAGGAGAUCACCGGCUACGCCCUUCCCGGCGCGGAGAGAGCCUCCGCCGUGCCAGCGCCGCCCCGGGCGGACCCGCUCGCUUUCGUGCUCCCGACGCUGGACACGUCCGCCUGCUUCUUGCUGGACCAGGGCCAGGCGCCCUCGCUGCCGCAGCAGCGUUGGGAGGACAAGACGUCGGGCGGAGCGGCGGCGGCGACAGCAAUGCCCGCGAUGGCGGACGACUCGUCGCUGCGGCUGAUGCAGGAGCUGGAGGCCAUGGUGAGCGCGCCGCCCGCCGUGUCCUCCUUCCCGACGUUGGAGAGCUGGGGGAUGAUCUGA